GCUGUGCGGGGUAGUGUUGGAAAACGUGCCACUCACAACGUGUAGUUUGUAAACAAAAAUAUAUUUAAUUAAAAUGGUAUUUCGGGUCUUAGAACUAUUUAGUGGCAUUGGCGGCAUGCAUUAUGCCUUUAAAUAUGCCCAAUUGGAUGGAGAAAUAAUUGCCGCCUUGGAUGUCAACACCGUGGCCAAUGCGGUUUAUGCGCACAAUUACGGCAGUAAUUUGGUGAAAACUAGGAAUAUUCAAAGCCUGAGUGUAAAGGAGGUCACAAAGCUUCAGGCCAACAUGCUGCUGAUGUCCCCGCCAUGUCAGCCACACACUCGCCAGGGAUUGCAAAGGGAUACGGAGGACAAAAGAUCGGAUGCACUUACUCAUCUGUGUGGACUGAUCCCACAGUGUCAGGACCUGCAGUACAUACUCAUGGAAAACGUCAAGGGUUUCGAGAGCUCACAGGCGCGAAAUCAGUUUAUUGAGUCGCUGGAGCGAUCGGGAUUCCAUUGGCGGGAGUUCAUUCUAACGCCCACGCAAUUCAAUGUGCCAAACACUCGAUAUCGCUACUAUUGCAUCGCCCGCAAGGGUGCAGACUUUCCAUUCGCCGGUGACAAGAUCUGGGAAGAAAUGCCGGGAGCUAUAGCACAGAAUCAGGCUCUUUCGCAAAUUGCCGAGAUUGUGGAGGAAAAUGUAUCAGCCGAUUUCCUGGUACCCGACGAUGUCCUGACCAAAAGAGUGCUGGUCAUGGACAUUAUACAUCCUACUCAAAGUAGAUCCAUGUGCUUUACAAAGGGCUACACCCAUUACACCGAGGGCACGGGCUCUGCAUACACACCGCUUUCGGAGGACGAAUCCCACCGCAUCUUCGAGUUGGUCAAGGAAAUUGACACAAGUAAUAAAGAUGCACCGAAGUCGGAGAAGAUUUUGCAGCAACGCUUGGACCUGUUGCACCAGGUGAAACUGCGCUAUUUCACGCCACGGGAAGUUGCUCGUCUAAUGAGUUUUCCGGAGGAUUUUGAAUUUCCGCCAGAAACAACAAAUCGACAAAAGUAUCGACUGCUGGGUAAUAGUAUUAAUGUAAAGGUUGUCGGUGAACUUAUUAAAUUGUUGACGAUAAAAUAAAAGAAUAUACAAA